GAAAGAUAUAUUAGGUUUAGGCAUCCAGACUCACAGGAACCAUGAGAAUUUCAAAGAAAAUCUCCUGUGGAUCUUCCAGGAUCUUGAGAGCAAAGUAAUCAAGUUUCUGAAGGAUGAGCUAGAAAAGUUUAAGAAAAUAUUACAAAAAGAGAACACACAAUACUUUGUGAAGGCCUUUAAUGAGAAUAGAUGCAUUAUCAGUGAUGCAGCUCUUGAUCUCACACUGUACUUUCUUAGAAGUAUGAAGCAAGAUGAAGCUGCUGAUACUCUAGAAGAUGAGCUGUUCUUCAUUCAUCAGCUAAAAUGCAGUCUGAAGAAAAAGUAUCAAUGUGUGUUUGAAGGAAUUGCAAAGCAAGGUGACUCUAUACUUCUGAAUAACAUCUACACAGAUCUCAAUAUAACUCAGGGUUGUAGUGAACAGGUCAAUACUGAACAUGAGGUAAGACAGAUUGAGUCCUUUCCCAGGCAUAAUGAAUCACAAGAGAUACCAGUUGAAUGCAAAAAUUUGUUUGAAGCAACCGAACAAGACAAGGAGAUCAGAACUGUAAUGACAAAAGGAGUUGCAGGCAUUGGAAAAACCAUCUGUGUGCAAAAGUUUGUUCUGGAUUGGGCUGAAGGAAAAGAAAAUCAAAACAUCAGCUUCAUAUUUCCUCUUCCAUUCAGAGAGAUGAACUUAAAGGAGAAAGAAACACAAAGCUUGAUGGGUCUUCUAAAUGAGUUUUUCCCAGAGACAAAAGGACUGAACUUUACAAGAAAGAAUAAAUUUAAAGUUUUGUUCAUCCUUGAUGGACUGGAUGAAUGUCGUCUUCCUCUAAACUUUGACAGUAAUGAGACGUGGCAUGAUAUAUCAUCACCAGCCUCUCUAGAUGUUCUCCUAACGAACCUCAUCAAGGGAAAUCUGCUUCCUUCUGCUCUCAUCUGGAUCACCACCAGACCAGCAGCUGCCAGUAAGAUUCCUCCUUACUGUAUCGACCGGCUGACAGAGAUACGAGGAUUCAAUGAUGCACAAAAGGAGGAGUACUUCAAAAAAAGGUUCAGGGAUGAGAAUAAGGCCAAAGAAAUCAUUGGUCACAUUAAACAAUCAAAGAGUCUCUUUAUCAUGUGCCACAUUCCAGUCUUCUGCUGGAUUUCAGCCACUGUUUUCCAGAACAUUUUAGAGGAGAAAAGAAAGAAUGAUUUGAAAAACAAUCAAGCUGAUGACGGCUCCAAAAUACUGCAGGAAUUAAAUACUGGAGACACUCCCAAGACUCUGACACAAAUGUACACACAUUUUCUUCGCUUUCAAAUCCUGCAGAGCAGACGAAAGUAUGAUGGAAAAUACACUGCAGAUGUUCCAUGGGAUAAAGACGCCCUUCUUUCACUGGGGAAACUGGCAUUUGAUCAGCUGGAAAGAAACAAUGUGAUCUUCUAUGACACAGAUCUGGAAGCCUGUGGUAUUGGCAUCUGUAAAGCAUCCGUGUAUUCAGGCAUGUGUACCCAGAUCUUUAAAGAGGAAAAAGGGAUCAUUCUUGGUACCAUGUACUGCUUUGUUCACUUGAGCAUUCAAGAGUUUAUUGCAGCCCUUUAUGCACAUCUGUUUCUAGACAUCAACAAGAAAAGUGUGUUUGUUCAUGAGUCUACAGAACAGGAAAACAAAGAUGAAACCAUGAUUGAGUUGCUCAAGACUGCAGUGGACAAAGCACUCGAGAGUGACAAUGGACACCUGGACCUUUUCCUUCGCUUCCUUCUUGGUUUGUCACUCCAAUCCAAUCGACGACUCUUACGAGGUCUGUUGACACAGCAAGGUGACAAUGACAAGAGCAAAAAGGAAAUAGUUCAUUACAUCAAGCAGAAAUUAGAAGAUAAUUCAUCUCUAGAGAGAUCCAUCAAUCUGUUCUACUGUCUGAAUGAACUGAAUGACCAAACUCUGGUGAAAGAGAUUCAGAUCCACCUAAACAAAGGAAGUCUCUCAUCUGCUGACCUUUCUCCUGCCCAGUGGUCUGCUUUGGCCUUUGUGUUGCUGACAUCAGAGGAGGAGCUGGAGGAGUUUGAGCUUCAGAAAUUCAAGAAAUCAGACGAGUGUCUCAUUAGAUUAUCAGCAGUCAUCAAAACCUCCAAAAGAGCUCUAUUAAAUGAUUGUAACUUAACAGACAAAAGCUGUUCAGCUCUGGCUGCAGUUCUUGGAUCAGAUACCAAUCUGAAAGAGCUCAACAUGAACAAUAAUAAUCUGCAGGAUUCAGGAGUGAAGCUACUCUGCACUGGACUGAAGAAUAUACAGUGUGAAUUGGAGAUACUGAGGCUUUCAAACUGCAGUAUCACUGAAGAAGGUUAUAAAGCUCUGGCUUCAGCUCUGAGAUCAAACCCUUCACACCUGAUAGAGCUGGAUCUCACAGGAAAUGAUCCUGGACAAUCAGGAGUGAAGCCUCUCGAUGAUUUACUACAGGAUCAGAACUGUCAACUGAAGACACUGAGGUUUUUGGGUCCUGCAGCAGAUGAAGCCUGUCAGUAUGUGACUGGAAUUGUGGGUAAAAACCUGUUACUCUUAAGAGAGCUGAAUCUAAGUGAAUGUGAACUAGGAGACACACGAGUGAAUCAGAUUGCUGCUCUACUGCAGGAUAAACACUGUCAACUCAACACACUGACGUUAAGAUUCUGUUAUAUGACAGAUGAAGGUUGUUCAGCUCUUACUUCAGCUCUGAAAUCAAACCCAUCACAUCUGAGAGAGCUGGACUUGAGCGGAAAUCAACUAGGAGACUCUGGACUGAAAAACAUCUGUGAUCUACUGAUGAACCCACAAUGCAAACUGGAAAAACUAGAGCUGUGUGGAUGCAGUAUUAAAGAGAAACACUGUUACCUUCUGAGUUCAGCUCUGCGUUUAAACCCAUCUCAUCUGAGAGAGCUGGACCUCAGUGGGAAUGAACUAAAAAACACAAGAGUGAAGCACUUAUGUGACGCACUGAAGGAUUCACACUGUAAACUGGAGAGACUGAGUCUGUGUGAAUGCAGUAUUACAGAGAAACAGUGUCUCAUCCUGACUUCAGUUCUGAAAUCACCACACCUGAGAGAGCUGGACCUCAGUGGGAAUAAAAUGAAAAACACAGGAGUGAAUCACUUAUGUGACGUACUGAAGGAUUCACACUUUAAACUGGAGAGAUUGAGGUUCAGAGGCUGUGAUUUGACAGAUGAAGGCUGUUCUGUUCUGACUUCAGCUCUGAAAUCAAACCCAUCACACCUGAGAGAGCUGGACCUGAGCGGAAAUCAACUAGGAGAAUCAGGAGUGAAAAACCUCAGGGAUCUCCUGAGGAACCCAGAAUGCAAACUGGAAAUACUAGCUCUGUGUGGAUGCAGUAUUACAGAGAAACAGUCUCUCACCCUGAUUCUAGGUCUGUGUUCAAACCCAUCACACCUGAAAGAGCUGGAUUUGAGUGGGAAUGAACUGAAAAACACAGGAGUGAAGCACUUAUGUGACGUACUGAAGGAUUCACAUUGUAAACUGGAGAGACUGAGUCUAAAUGACUGUGCCAUUACAGAUGUUGCUUGUUUGGCUCAGUCUUUGGCUGAAACAAAAGCACUGUCGUUUUUAAAAGAGCUUGAUCUGAGUAACAAUAACAUUGGAAACUCAAAGAAGCAGCUCGGUGACGCGCUACGAGACUCAAACUGUAAACUGAGUUUAGAGAGAGAACACUGGUUUAGCUGGAGAGCUGGUGUGAACCUCAUCAGUAGUUUUGGUGGAUGGAUUACAUCAUUUUCUAAAGCACGAGAACCUGUGAAAUCAACAGUACAUGACCAGUCAGCAUCAGUUAUAGAUGGAGCAGAGGAGGAAAAACAGCUUUCAUCGAUCAUAUAGUGCACAUCAGGAUGGUAACUCAAAAACCCCACUUUUCACUCAUGAUCGGGUUUCUGUGGACAAACUGAUCUCAGAAAAGACAAAGUAAGGCUGAGUUUCCUAAUAAACUGACCUCAGGAAUCCUCAUCCUGGAAUAAAUCAAUAACAGACACUGAACUCAUUCAUCUGAAGAAGAGAUGCCGAAGAAAGAACACAGGACUCCAUCUGGCUCAAUCCUUUCUUAAUUUCUCUCUCCUUCUAUUGAACUUAAUAGUGGUUGGUAAACCAGCUUUGUUGCAUUUUUGCCACCUGCUGGGAUGGAGUUUGAGGUGUUGAUGUAAAAGAAAAAAACUAAAUUCUUCUAAUCAAAUUUGUUUUCUUUAGGUUUUCUAAUAAAGCUGUGGUCUUCUUUAAUGUUAACCUUUUUAUUUGUAUAGGUAUAACUAAAUAUUUUAUAUUAAGCUGAGAUCUUUCUUUAUUUUAACCUACACAUUUUAGAACAACACAAAGCUGUGUCUAAUACAAUGUCGAGAAAUUUGUCACAUUCUUUUAUAAUGCAUGAUUUUGUUUUGUUUUGUUUGUUUAUUUAUUAAAUUUUGAGAAUAAUUAUUCUUUAGGAUUCUGAAUAUUGUGUUUCAUGCUAAUUAGUUAUGUAACCAAAUUUCUAUGAUCUUACAUUUUACUGACAAUUGUCUUAACAAUAACUACAUUUGACAUGAUCAAAUUAAAAAGAACUGAUACAAGAAAGUCAUAAAAAUUGAAUAAAAUGUUUCAGAGAAUAUUUACCAUGAAACUCUGUUCAAAUAUUUAUCAGAGUGUUUUCACAAACAGGGUUUACAAGCAGUGGUGCUUAAAAAACCUAAAGAGAGCAAAUUAAAAGCAUAUGGAUUUUAUUUAUUUAUUUUUUAUCAAUGUGAAUUAUAAUAGUUUAUUUGCAAUAUCCAUGUAAAUUUAGUACACUGCCAUAACUGCUUCACAGCAUAUUAAAAUACCCAUUGUCAAUGCAGAACAAAUGUUCAGGACAGAUAAUCAAGCCAAGACAAUGCCCUGGAUAAAUGGCCAUACACUUUCUCUCAGAAGGAAAAGUAGACAAGCAGAAUGUAAAUGGAAGAAGUUCAAACAUAAAGUUGAGGAUGAAGUCUUGCUGGUUGCAUUGGCAUUUUUUCAAAAAGCAGCUAAGAUGAAAUACUUCUCUGAAAUGUGAAAUAUAUAUAAUAAUAAAUUGUUAUUUUUGUUUUAUACACAUACAAAAAGUAUUCUCGUCACUUCAUAAUAUUACGGUUGAAUCACUGAUGGCAGAUGGACUAUUCUGAUGAUGCUUUUCAUACUUUUCUGGACCAUGACAUUGUAUUUUACUUCGCAGUCAAUGGGAGAGUCACAAGCCUCCCAGUUUUCAUCCAAAAUAUCUUAAAUUGUGUUCCAAAGCUUUUACGGAUUUGGAACGACAAGGGGGUAAGCGACUAAUGACAAAAUGUUAAUUUUGGGGAGGAGUAUCCCUUUAAGGACUGCUGCCCAUUAAUGUUGGCUCUGGACAGAUUUUGGUUGUAACUAAAGAAAAACAUAUGUGUAUGUAUGUGUGUGUAUAAAUGUAUGUAUAUA